AAUAAAUAUUACCGUGCAUUUAUUUUCCUUUUCGGUUUCUAAAUCGACAGCAUUUAAUGCGUAACGACAAGUGUAUUCGUACUGUGUUGAUUUUUUCAGGGAACAGCUUAUUUCAUUAUAGUAAAAAUGGACUUACGAAGAGCCUGGACAUAUUCUCUGAUCAUAUCCGUGGCAUCUUGCAUGAUCACAUGUGGUCUGGUGUUCUUCAACAGUGUGUCAAGUUUUCCACGAAGAAUGAACAAAGAGAUUACAACGUCAAGAUCGUAUCAAAAUGCAUCAUUCCUAAGCAAAAGUAAUUUAUUAAGUAAAGCUAAGGCUAUGACGAGCUUAGAUUUUUUGGAAAUGUCUGAUAGGAUACAGCUGAAUAAAAUAAUUGUGAAAAACGAAAAGGACUGUCAUCAUUACAAAUUCAUUGUUUACAAAUGCGAUUACUCGCGGCGUUGCGGUGGAUGGGGUGAUAGGCAGAAGGGUAUUGUUUCAUCAUUUCUAUUAGCAAUGAUAACUGGAAGAGCUUUUGUUAUCAAUCUUGAUAAGCCAUGCUCACUUAAAAAGAUUUUGAAUCCCCAUUUUUAUGAUUGGUCCGUAUGCAAAACAUUCGUUAAUUCAAUUAAUAACAGUAACACCAACGAGUUUGACUUUGUAGGUGGAUCAUCAUUUUUCGAUGACCUUCCAAAGUUCGAUUUCAGUUCCAAAUGGACGUGGCAAGUAGUAUUCUUGAAAACAAACUCUAAUUUAAUAAUUCGUCUCCGAAAACGCAAAGAAGCUAGACAACAGUUUCGAUGGCUCUUCAGAAUGACAGAGGCAAACAUCUUCAAUGUAUUACUACAAACACUUUUCCAGCCAAGAGGAAAUAUAUUAAAUUUUCUCGAUCAAUUUGAGUCAAAAACGAAAGGAAAAUCUCUUGUAAGUAGUCACAUACGUAAAGGCCAGAAUCCAAGUAUACCAGAAGACGACAUUUUUAGAGAAAUACCCGACGAAACUAUUAUAUUCAAUUUUCUGAAAAAAUUCACAACGUCUAGCAAAUAUGUUCUUUAUCUGGCAACAGACUCAAAUUCUGUCCGUCAAACAUUUUCGAGAACGUUUAAUAAUAGUAUCAACAUAAACGAAACUAUUGUUCACAUUGAUCGCCUUGGUAAAUUUCGUAUGUUUCCAGAGAAAGCUUGUGAAGGAUUUAAAUUUGCGAUAAUAGAGCAAUAUAUUCUUUCUGAAUCUGACGUUUUGAUACUUACCGACAGUUGGUUCGGAAAGAUUGCAGGAUAUAUGAGAGGAAAAUCUGAUCACCUUUAUGCGUGGCAUCAAAAAUCCAGACGUGUUGUUUUGUCAGAUCUAAGACAUAUAUAAAUGUUCAGAAAAGUAAAUUUGUAUCAGAGUAGGACGUAUGUUCACAUAAAGGUAUUUAAACCUGAAAUAUUUUGAAAUGCUGAUUUUAAAACGAUGUUUGUGCUUAUGUACAUAUUUUUGUUACAAUAUAGUUAAAUGUUCAAUCUGGGUUUACCCCGUUUUUUAUGCGAAAAAGAACUUAUUUGCAAAUUUCAUAAUUGAAACCGCCAGUUUUUAACUCUGUAUGAGGACAGCUAUUUUGUGCGUAUUACACUUUUGUAUACCUAAAUAUAUUAAUAGUUUUGCUCAAUGUUAAAAGAACAUAAAUGGCGUCGAAAUAUAGUAAAAAGUCCUCUUGGAUGUAUUUCAUUAAA